AUGACCUCAAACUCAUCCCUCACCGGAUCAGGCGGUGCUUACUCUUCAGAUAUGGAGGAAUCAAACUUUUUGAAACGCAAUCGCGUCAUUCACCUUACACGACUUGGUCUAUCUUUCUUGAUUUUCGGCGUUGCUAUUGCCGUCGUCGCGUGCGAAGCCCCACCCUUGCGGCAUUAUAAGAACACCUCCCAAUGGGCGAGUGCCGGUCUUGCACUGUGGCCUUUGAACUUUGACCUCCGUCCAACAAUUGCCGCUAUUUCCUGUGGCUGUAUAAUCACCAUCUUGAACUUGGUAUACAUCGCCGUUGCGCUUCUACCAUCUCCACAUUCCCGUAUCAAGUCACUUAACAUUUACGCCUCAGCCUCAGCCAUCGCGGGGUUUUCGACCGCCCUGGUCGGAAUCCUAUUCAUAAUCUACUUACCAUCCUCGGAUUACCCAGCAGGGUUCAGCAGGAACGAAACCCUCCACAGCUGGACCUGCAAGUGGAAAACUGGAACAAGCAGCGCUAACACACCCCAUCACUUUGAUCGUGACUGCAUCAAUACUCGCGCUGGCUUUGUGUUGUUGUGUGUACUUCUUGGGAUGGAGGUGUUGAUGGGACUCGUUGCUGCCGUUGGCACGUGGUUCCAGCGCGAUGUUUCUCGUCGUCGGGCAGAGCAGUUCCAACUUGAGAAGUUGGAGAUUGCUACUAAGCAGGUGUAUCGCAGUUGA